GCCCGGCGGACUCACGUGACCGACGCGGGCUCCGGAGCGGCCGGCCCCACUGAGGAAGCGGCGGCGGCGGCAGAGGCGGCAGAGGCGGCGACCGCAGCCGGGAGGUAGCGGCCUGGCGAGGGACGGGCCGCUGCCCUCUCGGCCAGCUGCGGCGGAAGAGAAAAAUGGCGGAGGCUUCGGCGGCCGGGGCGGGCGCAGGCGCCGCUGUCGCCGCGCACCGGUUUUUCUGCCACUUUUGCAAGGGCGAGGUCAGCCCCAAACUGCCGGAAUAUAUUUGUCCCAGAUGUGAUUCUGGCUUUAUUGAAGAAGUGACAGACGAUUCCAGUUUUUUAGGUGGUGGCGGCAGCCGGCUAGACAAUAGCACAUCAACACAUUUUGCAGAGCUCUGGGACCAUUUGGACCACGCGAUGUUUUUCCAAGAUUUUAGACCAUUUCUAAGUAGUAAUCCACUGGACCAAGAUAAUAGAGCCAACGAGAGGAGUCACCAAACUCACACUGACUUCUGGGGACCAAGUCGGCCUCCACGGCUGCCAGUGACUCGGAGAUACAGAUCACGAGGAAGUACUCGUCCUGAUAGAUCCCCAGCUAUUGAAGGAAUAAUACAACAGAUCUUUGCAGGAUUCUUUGCAAAUUCUGCAAUUCCUGGAUCCCCACACCCUUUUACCUGGAGCGGGAUGCUGCACUCCAACCCUGGGGACUAUGCCUGGGGUCAGACAGGGCUUGAUGCCAUUGUAACCCAGCUUUUAGGACAACUGGAAAAUACAGGGCCUCCCCCAGCUGACAAGGAAAAGAUCACAUCUCUUCCAACAGUGACAGUAACUCAGGAACAAGUUGAUAUGGGUUUAGAGUGUCCAGUAUGCAAAGAAGAUUACACAGUUGAAGAGGAAGUCCGGCAGUUACCCUGCAACCACUUCUUCCACAGCAGUUGUAUUGUGCCGUGGUUAGAGCUGCAUGACACAUGUCCUGUAUGUAGGAAGAGCUUAAAUGGUGAGGACUCUACUCGGCAAACCCAGAGCUCUGAGGCCUCUGCAAGCAACAGAUUUAGCAGUGACAGCCAGCUACAUGACCGAUGGACUUUCUGAAGCUAAAGACCACAUCUGAGCCAGGGCUGUGGUAGUCUUCUCACCACAGCUGUAAAUUGUAUCAAAAGAUAGUAGGUGCAUUUAGGAACCACAUAAGAAGCCCCAACCGUAAUAUUAAUGCAAUGAGUGUUUUUCUUCUCUAAAGUUAGUAUCUACAGAUGGAAUUGUAUCUACAACCAAAUGCCUCUUAUUCCUGAAUUCAGAGUGAUAAUUUUAAAUUUAAAAGUAUGAAACUUAAUUAUGUGGGUUUCCCCCCACCAGAAUAGAAUCAGUUGCUUAGUCUAGCUAGGGUCCUGCUGUCAUGUUACCUUGUAAUGGAUGUUUCCAUCUCCUUCUCCAAUCUCCACCUUACUGUUAGUGUAUUUUAUAGUAAAUACAGUGAAACCAGAGCCCUAAAGUCCUGCUGAUAUAAAGUCCUUCUGUUUUAAUUGUACAAAAGCAUCUACUCUUGGCCACAUUAGCCAAGAAGUGAGGUCAGAUUAAUUCAGGAAUCUUAGGCUAAUGAUUUUGUUUUGUCUUGAAUCCUUAGAGAGCAAAUCAAAGAAAAAUCACAGUUGGAAGGAGAAAGUGGCUUAUUAUUGUAGUCUUUGGUUUUCUCAUUUUAGUUUUUAAAGACUACUUCACAAGAUGGCAGUUUCCAGAGAAACCAACAUGACAUGUUCUUAGGAGUUUUAUGUUGGUAGGGAUCCAAGUCUGGUUCCUCUUUGGGAAUGAGUUGGGCAGCAUACAGGCACAGAAGGACAGAUAUUUGAAUCUUUGGUUCUGAGGUUUUUUAAUGGUUCCCAACUCAUUGUUUACUGUCUUUUGUCCUGGGGACCUUAUAAUAAUGUCCCUCACAGAAAUAGAAUUACUUCAUUACUGCUUCUACAGCCAAUUCACUGUUUUUAGUAUUUCAUUAGUCUUCAGGAAUUGAGAUUUUACAUUGUCUCAUUUUAAUUUUUUAACUCCUUUUAUCAUCUCUGAAACCUUUCUGUUCUGCUUGGUUCUGAGAUAGGGCUUACUUUUUCUGCCUAACAGUAUCUCAUGCACAUGCUCUUUGGAGCAUAUAAGUGUUUAAACUUGAAUAAAUGAAGAUCAAAUAUGUCAUUGGAACUUCAGAGUCUCAAAAGGAAAUGAUGGGGAUACGUAACCACUGUUGGUGUGCCAAAAAGGGUGACAGUGGGACACCGUUUGUAUUGUCACAUCUGCCUUUCAUAGUUUGGAAUGAUUAGAACAAGAAGCCCACUUGUUGGUGAGUAUCUUUCUUGGCUAGGAGUCUUUCCUCAGUUUUUGUUGACUAUCGUACACUGAUUUGGGAGGCUGAGGAAAGAGGGUUAGAAAUAUCUUUGUACUUCAGUGAGAGGAUGAAGGAGUAGAAGUGGGAAAAGAGAAAGUGGGAGAGUCGCUUGCUGAAUUAAUAGCCUGCCUCUAAAAGUUGUGACCAUAACGUAUGAUUCAGUUUGGGCCCAGAGGGAAUAAAAGAUGUUUUCUCAUAUGCCUCUCAUGUUAUACCUCUGUAGAGAUUGUUUCUUUGGAGAAUGUGAGCUAUUUACCAUGGCUAUUGAAAUGUAGCCCAAAAAUACACAUUGGUUUUAAAUGGGAGGGUGAAAAGGCUGGGAGGGUGAGAGGUAUAUUAUGAGUCUUUGGCGGCCACUACUUAGAUGGAGAAAGACUGCUGAAGUUGGAGCACAUUGCAGUUUUCAAGUAGAACAGUAUGAGCAGUGUCAGAAAAAUUAUGACAGCCUGGAAAUUUUCGUCUGCCUGUCACUGUCCGGAGAUGCUAGGACAGGCAGUUGUAUUUUUGCUUACAACUAGAGAACUAGAAAGGAUGUAGUAGCUUCACAAAGGCAUGGAAACAAAGCCCUAGAUAGAGAUUUACCUUUUCAAUACACAGAACAGCAAAUAGCAUCACUCUAAGUUUUUCAAAAUUUUCUUCACUUUUUUUGCUCUGAUAGAGGAUAUCAGGCUCAUUUCUGUUUCCUGGACCCCUCCCACUUCAUGAAUCUGUAGUGUUUCUUCCUAGAAUAGGAGGCAUGUCAGACUUCCAGGUUAACUUAGGUUAAGGAGUGUACUCAUCAGGGGUCUGUAGAGAAACAGAACCAAUAGGGUGUGUGUGUGUGUGUGUACAUAUCUAUAAAGAGGUUUAUUAUAAGGAA